ACAAAGUAUAUUAUUGGCCCAUAGACCUUCAGCAUGUGGUCACAGCUCGCUUCCAUUGCAUUGGCACUCUGUUCGCUCAGCCUGGUCGCUGCGCAGCGCUGUGUGGAUCAGGUGCACCACGAGCAGCAAGCACUGAGCCCACGCGUCGACUACGCUGCCUGCGGCCCAGCUGUGUGCGCCACGGACGGCUACUGCUACCGUUUGUUCCACAACAUUUGCUACCUGAACGCUUUCAAUGUGCGUUUGCUGUUCGCUGGCCAACGGGCACUUGUGCAGGCUGACAUACGACAUUGCUUGCCAGAGCCGAGGUGGCUCGACUACAACACACCCUACGAUCCACGAUUGCCGGGCAGCUCCUAUGUGAAUGCAGGUGCCUAUGAGACACCCUAUCUAUAUGAAUCCGAGGACCUCGAACCAAGCUACCCCAGAUCGUAUGCUCCCUAUCUCUACUACAAGGCGCAGGACACAUAUUCGCCGAUCAACGGAUUUUAUUAUAGGAAUAUGCGUGAAUAUGUGACUCAACGUAAACCGAAGCCAUCGACUUCCUACAGAAAACCUAAAGCGAAGUGCACAACAACAGCAUCACCAAUAACUGCAUCCACAACAACAUCCACAACAACAGCCUCUACAGCAGCGCCAUCCACAACAUCCACUACAGUUGCAACAACAACACCAUCUACAACAUCCACAACAACAGCUUCUACAACAACUCCAUCUACAACAUCCACAACAGUUUCAACAACAACACCAUCCACAACAUCCACAACAGUUUCAACAACAACACCAUCUACAACAUCCACAACAACAUCUUCUACAACAACUCCAUCUACAACAUCCACAACAGCAGCCUCUACAACAACAGCUUCCACAUCAACAGUUUCUACAACAACACCUUCCACAACAUCGCCUUCCACAACAUCCACAACAACACCUUCCACAACAUCCACAACAACGCCUUCCACAACACCCAUCACAAUAGCAUCCACAACACCAUCCACAACUACAGUGACCACAACAACAGCAUCGACAACACCACCCACCACAAUAGCAUCCACACCGCCAACUACAACAAUUUUAAGCCUAUUGCAAUCUGCAGCAGGUGCUGCACAGUCCCCAAUACCAUCCACAACGAAUUUGCCAGAUAUUUUAAGCACCACACAAUCAACGACCGCAACAACAGCAACGAGCCCACAAACCACUUUGACGACCAGCUCUUCAGUUACAACAGCAUCCACAGUAAAUACUACAGUAGCAACCACAAUAGCAUCCACAAUAACAUCCACAAUUAAUUUCGUAUUACAGUCGAGCACGCCUCCAGCGACAACAGCAUCUACAGCAGCACCCACUACCGCCAGCAUCGACUUGGAUGACAACACUCUGGUUUCUCUGGUCUUCACAAUGCCCAAUGGCCGGGUCUUUAGACUCUCAAUGGCCUCGCAGAUAACCGACCCAACAACGGGCAAUAAGACAUGCGCCGAGGAGACGCAGCUAGAGCUUCGAUACAGGGGCAUAUCGGAGCCGCUGAGGUUCACUGGAUGCAUCUACAACAACUCGACACGAAAUGGAACGAGCUACGGCACCACAACGACCCGCAGACCAACGCCUAAGCCCUACUACAGCCCAAGCAGAUCGGUUGACUACAGGCCCGUUGGCUACCUAUACAGCAUUACUUAUGGCUCUGCCUAUGAGGCACCCUACGCAUCCGGUCCUGCACCACCUCAAUAUAGAGCGGACCCUGCACCUCCUCGCUAUGGCUAUGGACCGCGCCCUGGUAAUACCAGGUUUAGGGUUCAUGCCAGCGCGUCUGCUUCAGCAGAUCUCCCAUAUUAUGACUAACAUCAAUAUCUACGGUACUCGACCUCAUUAUAAUCAAUAAGACUUACUAUUUGUACACCCUGCAUAUAUGUAUAUAAAUA